UCACAAAGUCUCCGCCCUUAUUUGCAGUGUGUCCGAGUCAGUCUCACUGCUGCUCUGGCAGUGUCGAAUUUCGCAUCCCAGACGAGUGAGCGCCACAACGUGCCCGAAGUGGAGGCCGCCAGCUCUCCAGAACUCAUCCUGAACCCUGUCACAAUCAGCCGCAAUGAGCACGAGAAAGUUCUCAUUGAGCCCAGUGUCAACUCUGUCCGCUUCUCUAUUCGAAUCAAACAAGCGGACGAGAUUGAGCACAUCCUAGUCCACAAAUUUACUCGCUUCCUCACACAGCGUGCCGAAUCAUUUUUCAUCCUCCGAAGGAAGCCCAUGCCAGGCUACGAUAUCUCCUUCCUGAUAACCAACGCGCAUACCGAGGCUAUGUUGAAGCACAAGCUCGUAGACUUUGUAAUCCAAUUUAUGGAGGAAGUUGAUAAAGAGAUCUCCGAGAUGAAGCUAUUCCUAAAUGCUCGCGCUCGCUUUGUUGCCGAGUCUUUCCUCACGCCUUUCGACUGA